AUGUACAAUACACCAGACUCAACAAUGAAUGGGCAUGAGGAGUUAAUAGAGAUGCCUCAGUCGCGCGGAAAAAUCGAGAUCGAUGUCGAAAACGAACAACGCGAUUCGCUCGAGGACCAAAGGCGAUCACCAUCAAACCACGCCUUCCUUUCUCGGGCAAUGACAAAAAUCAAUCUUACAAGUAUACACUUAUUGAAGCUCCUCCCAAGUCCCAUCCUCAACCUUCUCUAUCCACCUCCCUACGACAAGCGAAAUACCGAACCAAGAUCGACAGCAUGGCUCGAUGGCAUCCGCGGCUGUGCAGCCCUAAUCGUCUUCUUCAUGCACUUGAGCCUCUCAGUGCAAGACUCGCACGCUAUGCUCAGAGCAUACGGCUCACCCGGUGCCACAUCCCUAUGGCAAUUGCCCAUCAUUCGCUUACUCUAUGACGGAAGCCCAAUGGUGCCCAUUUUCUAUGUCACUUCCGGCUGCGCGUUAUCACUCAAGCCACUGUCACUCAUUCACAAAAAUGAAUGGGCGGACUUUAGCACGACAGUCUCAAGCGCAACGUUUCGAAGGGGAUUUCGGCUUUUCCUCCCAAGUGCUAUAGUCUCCUUUCUCGCUAUGCUCUUCACACAACUGGGCAUCUACAACCAUCCAUACCAGUUCAUGGAAGGCAACGCGAUUAUAAUUGACCGUCCUCAUCGACUUCCAAAUAUUGCAGCACAAUAUGUGGAUUGGCUGAACUGGAUGGCGACUCAGUUAUUCUACUCCGAAGAUCUAUUCCAGCCACUGUCGGGGACAACGAUAUCGAACUACGGUUUUCAGUUAUGGACUAUAUCAACAGAGUUUUAUGCAUCUAUAGCCUUGUUUAUUGCUUUGGUUGGUCUUUCGCGAUUAGCAGUCUCGAUACGACAGGUCUUAGUCUUUUGUCUAUGUGCCUUUUCCUUUUAUAUCGAUCGAUGGGAAAUCGCCUGCUUUAUGGCUGGUAUGAGUAUUACUGAGCUUUCGAUACAGGCGAAAGAUGGUCAUGAGUCCGUCAGCCUUCCCUUAUUCGCCCGUGGGAAGUCUGUGUCUACAUGGAUCUUAAGAUCCCGACAAUACAUGUUCGCACUUCUUUUCGUUGCAGGUCUCUUCAUCGCAUCAUAUCCAUACAAGGAAGCUUCGAAUAACUUCAUCUAUCGGCCUUUCUCAGCUGUCAUUGACAAUGCCCGAUUCUGGGAAUCAAUGGGUGCCGUAUGCAUCCUCGUCUCAGCGUCUCAACUCAGAUUAUUGCAAAGACUACUCACCUCCAUAAUUCCCAGAUAUCUAGGGAGGAUAAGCUAUGGUGUAUACCUCACCCAUGUGAUCUUCUUGAAUGCUCUUGGUUGGAGGAUAGUUCCAUGGAUUUGGGAGAUCACUGGUAAUGAAGGAUGGUCAAAUCGUCAAGGAGGCUUUGCUGUUGGGCUCAUCAUUUGUUUGAUUCUGUUGGUCUGGAUUGCAGAUAUCUGGACGAGAGCAGUAGAUGAGCCUUGUGUUAGACUUGCGAAGAGAAUAGAGCGAUGGGCAACUUCCAAGGGACGUCAUUAG